AUGGUGGUCAGAGUUGGCAGGAAAAACAAAGUGGCGGCUGCCACCACAAGCCACGGUGACAACAGUGGCUACAACGUUGGUUUCUCCGACGAUCUCUACUUCGUCCAUGUCUUCGCCGGUGUCGGAAUCACCGGUGGGUCAAGCAGCAGUGGGGAGAUGGCGGAACAGAAGAGCACGAUGAGGGUGGCGGUUUCACCGGAAAUAGCGACAGCGAUGCCCCAGGGUGAGUUUAUUCCGAUCUCUCGCUGCCACGACGUCAAAUGGAGGUCUCCGUCUUCAAUGGGGUGGCACAGCGGCGGCUCGGUGGUAGGAGAAGCAAGAGGGUGGCGGUCGACCAUAGAGGGAAGGAAAGGUGGCGACUGCUCAAAUAUUUAG